AUGCCGGCAACCAACCAGGGCUGGCCCGAGUCCUUCGGGUUCCGGAUAAGCGGCUCGGGGCCGUGUUACAUCGUGCGGGUGCAGGAGGGCAGCAGCGCGGCGCUGGCGGGGCUGCGCCCCGGGGACCAAGUGCUGGAGAUCGAGGGCCAGCCCGUGUCCUCCCUGGGCUGCCAGGCGCUGCUGGGGCUGGUGGACGCCAUCCUCGGGGACCAGCCGCAGCUGAAGGAGAAGGUGUUCACCGUGCUGAAGCAGUACGCGGCCGAGAGGAGGGUGGAGUGCCUGGCCUAUGCCCUGUGCAUGGUGCUCACCCAGGAGUCCCACCAGCACCUCAUCGACAGCAUCAGGAUUUUCAUCCCCAAGAAGCACCGGCAGCGCUUUGACGAGGUGGUGUCGCAGAGCCUCAUCAGCAAGCUGUGCCGCUCCAAGAGCGAGCACAGCAACCGCCUGCGCCGCAGCCGCAGCGAGGACCACCAGGAGCGGCUGCUCGUGUCCACCCGGGCCAGCUCCGUGCCCCGCAGCCACGAGGAGCUCAGCAAGAGCCUCCGCAAAACCACCUCGCUCAUCAGCAGCAAUGUGGCCUCGGGGGCUGCCCGCAGAACAGUUCGAGUUUAUAAAGGCAACAGGAGCUUUGGCUUCACACUCCGUGGCCAUGCCCCAGUGUGGAUCGAGUCUGUCCUGCCAGGGAGCCCGGCGGAGAAGGCUGCUCUCAAGGCUGGAGACAGGAUCCUGUUCCUCAACGGCCUGGACAUGAGGAACUGCUCCCACGACAAGGUGGUGUCGAUGCUGCAGGGCAGCGGGGCCAUGCCCACCUUGGUGGUGGAGGAGGGCAUCGUCAGCUUCUCCAACGACUCUGACUCUGCCGAGUCCCCGAGCAGCUCCUCGGCCCUCACCUCCCUGCAGUGGGUUGCAGAGAUUCUCCCCUCUAGCAUCAAGAUCCAAGGAAGGACGUUCACGCAGCAGCUGGAGCACCUGCUGACCCUGCCCGAGCGUUUCACCAUCUGCAAGGCGCUGGAGGGCUUCUUCCAACAUCGGAACAUUGACACUCUCAUUGUGGAUGUGUACCCGGUGCUGGACACACCGGCCAAGCAAGUCCUCUGGCAGUUUAUCUACCAGCUGCUGACCUACGAGGAGCAGGAGCACUGCCAGCAAAAGAUUGACAGGUUUCUGGGGUACAAGGCCCUGGCAGGUGAGAGGAAGCCCCCGCGCUCCGGGACGGACACACCGUCUGAGGCAGAGGCUGAGGAUCGCUACCGCAGCUCCGUCCGAGGGGCCUCCCUGUGCCGGGGCAGCCUCCGGACCCCCCGCCCUGAGGAGGGGGCAGCAGGCAGCGACACCGUGGAGGUCCCCGUUCGCCUGAUCCCUGGGGAGAGACAGGCUGGUGAUGGCACGUCCCUCCCGGAGACACCCAACCCCAAAAUGAUGUCGGCUGUGUACGCAGAGCUGGAGAACCGCCUGAUCGGGGGCUUUGCUGGCAAGAUGGGCAACGCUGCCCUGCACAGGAGCUCCCCCCCCGCCCCGGAGCUGCCACACGCUGCAGGUGGCCGCAAGCCGGGGCUGGCGUGGCCGAGCGAGCCGCUGGCGACCCAGCCCUGCUAUUACCGGCUGCACAGCAGCGUGGCCUCCCCGUGCAGCACCGAGUCCAACCCGUACGUGAGCCUGGACAGCAGCCCGGCCCCGUCGCCCAAGCACGGCGAGUCCUCGCCGCUGUCGCGACGGAAGAAGCUCUUCACCUUCUCCAGGCCCCCCCGCAGCCGCGACACCGACCGGUUCCUGGACGCCCUCAGCGAGCAGCUGGGACACCGGGUCACCAUCGUGGAUGAUUUCCUCACCCCCGAGAACGACUACGAGGAGGUGAGAGCGGCGUGGGGCAGCCCAGGGAGCCGGGGGACACUCGGGGACACUCGGGGACACUCGGGGACACUCCGGGNCCACGACCCCCAGACCGGCCCCAGCAAGGCGGAGGCCACCAAGGCCAGCUCGGGACCGGUCCCCAAGGCUCUGGUGAGCCACCUGCACCCCAUCCCUCCUCCUCCUCCUCCGCCGCCGCCGCCCCCCGUGCCCUGCGCGCCCCCCCUGCACCGGGGGCUGCUGCACCGCAGGAGCGACUCCAACCACAUGAGCGUCAAGAGACUGCGCUGGGAGCAGGUGGAGAACUCGGAGGGGACCAUCUGGGGACAGCUCGGGGAAGACUCGGAUUACGACAAGCUGAGUGAUAUGGUCAAAUACCUCGACCUGGAGCUGCACUUCGGGACUCAGAAACCCACGAAGCCAACUCUCAUGCCUGAAAACUUUAAAAAGAAAGACGUGGUUGAAAUUUUGUCCCACAAAAAGGCCUACAACACAUCCAUCCUGAUCGCCCACCUGAAGCUGUCGCACGUGGAGCUGCGGCAGAUCCUGAUGACCAUGGAGACGGAUCGCCUGGAGCCGUCCCACAUCAAGCAGCUCCUGCUCUACGCCCCGGACGGGGAGGAGGUGCAGCGCUUCCAGAGCUACAAGGAGAACCCCGGCAAGCUGAGCGAGCCCGACCAGUUCGUGCUGCAGAUGCUGGCCGUACCCGAGUACAAGAUCCGCCUGCGCAGCCUGCACUUCAAAACCACCCUGCAGGAGAAGACCGAGGAGAUCAAGGCCAGCUACGAGUGCAUUUGCAAGGCCUCCCUAGAGCUGAAAAGCAGCAAGAAGCUGGCGAAGAUCCUGGAGUUCGUGCUGGCCAUGGGGAAUUACCUGAACAACGGGCAGCCCAAGACCAGCAAAACCACGGGAUUUAAAAUCAACUUCCUCACCGAGCUGAACACCACCAAGACUGUGGAUGGGAAAUCCACCUUCCUGCACAUUCUUGCCAAAUCCCUCAGCCAACACUUCCCAGAGCUCCUGGGCUUUGCCAAGGAUCUUCCGACAGUGCCGCUCGCUGCCAAAGUGAACCAGAGGACGCUGACAGCCGAGCUGAAGGAGCUGCACAGCACGGUGGGUGACAUCCAGAAGGCGUGUCACAGCAUGCCGGCCACCGCCGAGGACAGGUUUGCCAUUGUCAUGAGCUCCUUCCUGGAGAGCGCCCAGCCUGCCAUGCGCUCCCUGGACGAGCUGCAGCACAAGGCCAUGGAGGAGUUCAGCAAGGUGCUCUCCUUCUUCGGGGAAGACUCAAAAAUGACAACCUCCGAAGCCUUCUUCGGCAUUUUUGCAGAGUUCAUGAGCAAGUUUGAGCGGGCUCUCAGUGACGUGCAGGGGGGCGAGAGCCAGCGCAGCCCCAGGAUGACCUCUCCCCUGGCCUGGUGACGGCCCGUGGCCACCUGAGGUGCAGCAACUCAUUGCCAACAAAGUGCAAUUUGCUCCUGUCCAGUCUGGUUGUAAAUACGCUGCUGCCACCUGCUACCACCCAGCGGAGUCACGGACAGAGGGGUCGGGGCAGGUGGACACUGAGAAGACACCGCAGGUGACAGAGGGUGACACGAAGAUGAACCCUGCACUGCUCCUGGCAGAGCUUCCUUAGCACCCUCCAUCUCCAGGGGAUCACUGAGCCAAGGGCUUCACUUCCAUCUGGUAAAACCCCACUGUCCCGUGUUCCCCAAACACCUGGAGCUGGCAGCAGCAGCUGCUGCAGACCUGCACACCCACCACAGCCCUGUGUCCCACCCCUGGCUGUCUCUCAGCUGUCUGGAUGUCCCUGGGAUGAAGGGACAGCAUCCCCCGGCCCGUGCACGCUCCUGUGGGGGCUCUGGUGCCCACCAGCUCCUGCAGGUGUUUGGUGAGAUCCCUGUGCUGGGUUUGGUGAGAUCCCUGUGCUGGGUUUGGUGAGAUCCCCGUGCUGGGUUUGGUGAGAUCCCCGUGCUGGGUUUGGUGAGAUCCCUGUGUGAGGUUUGGUUUGGUGAGAUCCCUGUGUGUGGUGAGAUCCCUGUGCUGGGUUUGGUGAGAUCCCUGUGCUGGGUUUGGUGAGAUCCCUGUGUGUGGUGAGAUCCCCGUGUGAGGUUUGGUUUGGUGAGAUCCGUGUGCUGGGUUUGGUGAGAUCCGUGUGCUGGGUUUGGUGAGAUCCCUGUGUGAGGUUUGGUUUGGUGAGAUCCCCAUGCUCAGUUUGGUGAGAUCCCCCUGCAGAGCAUCCUUUGCCUUCCGAGCCCG